AUGGCCACAGAGAUUGAUGGUAUUCAGAUACCCUUCGGUGAUGCAAGACAGCCAAAGGCGCUCCCUCUCGACCAUCCGAAAGCUCGCUGGGGAGGCUUCAAAACCGAGACAACCAUCCUACGAGCUGGCCAUGUCCGUCGACCUGGUUGCCUGCCCCUUCCAUGUGACAUCAAAUUCGAACGCGAUCAGCCCGUUAAGCUACGGGACGGCGUGACCAUCUACGUCGAUGUCUACCGACCGGUCAAUGAAUCGAUUGCACACCCCGCGUUACUUGCGUGGUCGCCCUAUGGAAAAGAGCCUGGACGUGGAAAUCAAGUCUUGGAUGAUUUUAUAUUCCGCAUGGGAGUGCCACUGCACAAACUGUCCGAGUUUCAGAGAUGGGAGGGACCAGAUCCGGCUUACUGGGUGUAUCAUGGCUUCACGGUUGUCAAUGCUGAUCCCCGUGGCGUUUACAAGAGCGAGGGCAAUAUAUAUCAGUUUGGCUCGCAAGAGGGCCGAGACGGAGCAGAUUGCGUAGACUGGAUUGGCUCACAGCCUUGGUGCAAUGGGAAAGUGGGGUUGACGGGAAAUUCAUGGCUUUCGAUAUCGCAGUGGUUUAUUGCGGCUGAGAGACCCAAGUACCUUGCUGCCAUUUCUCCAUGGGAAGGUGUCACAGACGUGUUCCGUCAUACAUCACUAGGAGGAGUCAUGUCAAAGCCGGCAAUGGACUUCAAUCUACAGCUCCUCCAGGUCAACGUAGGAGAAAAUUCCUGGGAGAACACCGUGGAGAUGAUAACUAAAUCCCUACAAUAUGGCGCAUAUCAUGAGGACAAGAGAGCCAAAAUUGAGAACAUCGAUGUUCCUGCUUACGUUACAGCAAGCUGGUCCAAUCCGAUUCACUCAUACGGUACCUUUCAUGGUUAUGUGAAUCUGAAAUCUCCAAAGUGGUUGAGAGUCCAUGAUACUUGGGAAUGGCCUGAUUAUUACAAUGAAGAAAAUCGAACUGAUCUACACAAGUAUUUCGACUACUAUCUGAAGGGAAUCGAAAAUGACUGGCCAUCAACCCCACGUCUGCGAGCAAAGCUCAUCGACACAUCAAAGCCGGUAGGCAACUCGGGAACUGACUUUACGUGCCUCGAUUUCCCGUCGCCGAAAAUGAAGUCCUUCAAGCUCUUCCUAGAUGCGGAGAAUGGGUCGCUGACUGAGACGUAUCCCGUUGAAUCCACACUCUCAUACGUUGCGUCAACGGGCAGCAAGUCCCUCACAUACACAUUUUCGCGAGACACCAAAUUCUGCGGUCCCAUUCAAAUCUGUCUCCAGGUGUCGGUUGAAAACGGCACUGACACAGACAUCUUUGUUUCGCUGGACCGUCUCCCCAACGGCUCGGAUCGCCCUGCCGAGCAACUCAAGAUCCCAUACGAGAGAUCUUAUCAAUCUGGACUUAUUCGCAUGGCCCGGAUGUUGAAUCUCUCCAGAGAACUCGGCCUGCUGUUUUAUAAAGGACCUAACGGGUCUGCACGUUUGUCUCGCCGGACAUUGAGGGAGGAAAUUUCGAGGCCGGGGUUUCCGGCACCGGAUUUGAGUCAGUCAAAACCAGUGAAAGAAGGGCAGAUAGAAACAGUCCAGGUUCCUAUCACGCCGAUGGGUAUGUUGUUUCGAGCUGGAGAUAGGCUGCGGGUAACAUUCUCGGGCCUCGAUCCGGCUAUAUUCCCACCAGUGGACCAGAGCACAUUACAGACAGCCGAUGGGGAUCAUGUUAGCACCAGCGUUAACAAGGAUGUUAAAGUCCAAUUACAUUACUUGCUCUAUUUUGCUUAG